GAAGUUGCGUAGCGGCUCAUGGUCAAUUUAAAAAUGUAUCCUGACACAUAUAUCCAAAUGGUCUGCGUACAGGUGGAUGGCUGCCAGGAACAUUUUAAGUUAUUUCAGAAAUUAUUUUAUUCGGCUAAUAUUCGUUGCAAUUAUAAUUAAGAGCAAAAAGUUAUCUAGUCUAAUAUAAAAAUAUUCUCCUCACUGUCGCUCAUUCAGCUGAAAUCUUUUCCCACAUCGAAGAGGCUGUGCUGAGACCAAAUUCAUCACUGCUGAGAGAGGUGAACAGGGUAAAUUAACUGGAGCACAGACGACAUCCACGGGCAAAAAGGUGAAAGUUUGUGUGUGUUUUGUGGAAUUUACCACCGCUGUCUGCACUUCGUCUUUUCACUAUACUCUUCCGUGGUUAAGCAGCGAAGCACCUCCCAGUGGCUCUGUCACAGACCUAGCCAACUCUCUGCAUAUAUACACACCAGGCUAUGCACUUUUUAGGGGGCUGAAAGCUGCCCUAUAACUGAAGGUCCUUUGGUGUGUCCAUAGGGCUUCCUCCGCCUCAUGACCCUCAUUCCUCAUGACCCACACUUAACUCCAUGAAGGCUGGCCUACACUGAACAUGCCGAACGGAUCCAGUAGGACCUGUCUUUCCCUGUCUGGAAUCUGAUUGGAUGUGUUUCGGGGACGGAUUCCCCCAUUUUAGACCAAGUAGUGAAGGAGAGCGAAAGUCGAGAUUACUGAUCGCACGCUGAAGUAACAGGAUUCGGCGGACAAAUAAGCUUGAAUAAGACUACUGCACCUCUGUUACAUGUUUGACCAAGGCAAGAGUAUGGGCGAUGGAGUCGCCGAGGACCGAAACCACUGUGGACUCAAUUCGCUGCGUCGCGAGCGCGGUGGAGACGCUAAAACUCUGGCGGAAGUGGAAAGCCGCAGUUCCGGCGACGCUCCUGCGGGGACAUCUGCGUCCACCACGAGCUCCUCCAGCGAGGACGGACACGACAAACUGUUAGGAGUGGACCCUGAUUACUGCCGCAGGAUUUUAGUCCGAGAUGCUAAAGGCACUAUUCGUGAGAUCGUUUUGCCGAAAGGCCUGGACUUGGACCGGCCGAAGCGCACGCGCACCUCCUUCACGGCCGAGCAGCUUUACCGGCUCGAGCUUGAGUUCCAGCGCUGUCAGUACGUGGUGGGGCGCGAGCGCACGGAGCUCGCCCGCCAGCUGAACCUCUCCGAAACUCAGGUGAAAGUCUGGUUUCAGAACCGACGUACCAAGCAGAAGAAGGAUCAGUCCAAGGACUCAGACAAGCGAUCGUCAUCCACCUCCGAGUCACUGGCCACAUGUAACAUCCUGCGUCUGCUUGAGCAGGGGCGCUUGCUGUCAGUGCCUGCACCUCCUCCCAACCCACUGCUGGCACCACCACAUGCGGCCAAUGGUUCGCUCCUUGGAGGCCCAUCUGUGUCCUCCUCCUCUCCUGGGGUAAGCAGUACGGGCACUCCUCCAGCGAUUGUGGCCAGCGGUGGUGGAACGUUUGGCCUAUCUUUGUCCUCACUCGGUGCUACGCCGCCCUCACCAAGGCUUGGGGUAGCACCCCCAUCCCUUUUCUCCAUUCCACUGAUGAGUGGUGCUCAUCAUGAACUCACGUCUAGCUAUGGGUGUGGAUCAUCAGCUUUUGAGCCCUAUACAAGGACAGAGAGGAAAGAUGGGGACUUGGGUGGGAAGAAGACAGUUUCCUAAAGACUUGAAUCACAUUCUGGACCACUAAGGAAUGCCCCAGGUUUACCAAAGGGUGCGAUCUGCUCUCUUUUUCAGCUAAGGUGAAGGAGGAAGGAGUUGAUUUUCAAAAUUAAACAAAUAUGGAGAGCUUUCACCUCCAUUUUAGAUUCUUUCCACUCCUAAAUUGCCAAGCCGUGCUGAUCCUUACUGCCACACUAAGAUAAUGAAAAAAAGGCUGCAGCCUCUGCUUUCCAGGAAGAGUGAGCUCAAUUUAAUUUACCACCUCUGCAUUCUGUGUUUAAGUGGCAUCUUGUUUACAGAUGCUCAUUGUUUUGUUUCAUUUCUGAAUUCUCUCCUGUGUGUGUGUGUGUGUACAUUACAGACAGCCUCAGGCUUAGUCUUUGUCUGUAAUAUAAAAGAUUCAACAUUGCUAAUGUAAUUGUGAAAGGCAAAUACUGCUUUAUAACAGAUAUUGUAUCCAAAUGGGUGUUAAAAAUGACAAAAUGAAUGAUCAUAUCACUAUGGUGGACCUUGUGGUACUCUUUAUGCUGCUCUUAACUGGUAUUGUAAUUAGGGGUGAGUUUAUCAUCAAUGUUUAUUUUACUUGUUAAUUGGAUGUGCAUGUAAGGGUGGGUUUGUGAGAAACACACACAAUAAUAAUGCCAAAUUGUUGUGCUUUCUAAUAUGCGUAGUUCUUUUCCCAGUUUUGUAUAUUUUAAAAAUAGUGCUUCACUCAAGCAUAUAUUAGUAAAUAUUAGCUGCUUAUUAUUAUUGAUAAUUCAAUAAUGUAAGAAAUGGGGAAAAUGGGAAAUUAUGAAUUAGGUGUCAUAUUCUGUAUGUAUGUUCACAGCAUGGGGAAGCAGUUCAAGUUCAAUCAAGAUCAAUAUUAAAAUUAUUGCACCAUGAACACAAAUGAUUGUGUAGCAUCUUAGAUACUGCAAGGAUAACUGUCUCAUCAGUGUUAUUUCCCAAUGUUCUAGUUAGCAACUUGUUUCCAAAUGUAGGCAACUCUAGGGGCUCCUUAGGACUUCUGAUUGUUAAUCAGGCUGCAAGUUAUAUGUCUUAGUUGUCCAUUAUUGUGUAAUGUGCAGUGAUAAUUUAUUAUCUGAACGUACAUAGGAUCUAAAUCAUUUUAUUUACAUAUGCACACAGCCUCAAACAAUAUCUGUUUAUAAACAAAGCACAUGGAAAGCAUGGUAGCAGUGUUUAUUCAUUCAUUUGUAGUAAAAUCUGAUGGGUCAAAAUGCAACUCUUAAUUGUCUGUUCAGUCUCUUCAGUUCUCCUAAAUCGGUGAAAGUCUAAGGCUAAGAUUAGCCAUGGUUUUGUUGUAUCUCCACUACAUAUUGUGAAACUGCUUUCUUAGAUGUUUACACCAUUUUGAUUGGUUUCUGAACCUGGAGCUUGCAUCGUGACUCUGAUUGUUAUAGUGACUGAUAAAGCAGUGGAAUAGACCUCAGGAAGAGUCAUCAAACUGUUUGCCAUUUAUUCCAUAUUCUUUAAGGUUUUAAUGCCUUAGGUAGCACCUCAUUCAUUGCCGUGAAAUCUAAGCACUUUAUUUUCAUAUAUGUUUACUUCUUAACAUUUUUCUGUGCACUCUUGGCUAAAAUGAAGUAGUAUCCAGACAUUUUCAGUGUUAGUUGUCACAUGUAUCUCUUAUAUUGUGUGGCUGGAAAGCCAGAGCUUUCACUGAGGUUAAGACAUCAGAAAUCUUUGAGUGUCAGAAACAGGCAAUGUCUCAUUGGGCUGCAGGCUCAGAACAUAUACAGCUGGCAAAAAUCAAUCUUUUUCUGUUUUUUCUCAAAAGCUCAUGGUCACACUAUUGCAACCAUGAGCCAUAGAAACUGUCAUGGCCAGAGUAGCCUAUUUCUUUAUUGUUGCUGUUGAUUCAAACACUGACUCUGUGUUGGUUGACCUUUUAUCUUUACUGGAUUUCCCUUUUAAAUGCUAUAAUUUGUUUAGGGUUCUAAGAUGAGAGCUCUUAGUCUGAGACCCUUUGACCCUUUGACCCUAAAUGAGGUAAAGCUAUUGAGGCUAUUGCCUUUUUUGCAACUGUUAUCCUGUGUGCACCAUAUGAGUUUCCAUACUGUUGUGAAACAGUGUUAUUUUCAAUAAUCAGUAUUAAUAAUUUACUGACUCCCAUGUUAAAUAUUUAACGCAAUUUUGAAGUUUAGUUUAGCACUGCAGUUUCCCCCCCUUUUUUUUUUGAUUUCACAUAAAAUUUUUAUUAAAUCUGUGUUAGGAUUUUUUUAAUGCCUAUCACAAACAGAUAGCGAAUUUGUACUGCUGUUUUUUCUGCUUGGCUUACAACUCUCUGACAGAGGAGUUUAGAGGCUUGGAGAUUAUGUUUACCAAAAUUGUCUUACUGAAUUUAAUAUUUUUACCAAGCAAAGGAUUGUCUAUUUGACACUCAGAUACCCCAACAUAUUGCAUUUUAAGCAGAAAAUUAAUUGUAUAGUAAUCAGUUUCCUAUGUUUGUAUUGUCAUGUAUUUGUUGUGAGUAAGUGUAUGUGGAAGAGAGAGGAGCAUUAUGAGCUUGAAACAAAGUGAGACUAGUGGUAAAGUGCUAAAUUCCUCACCUAACCCUCCUAUAACCAUCUACUUAUUCCUUUUAAACCUUGAAUAUAUUUCUUUAAAACAAGAAUACACUGUGAAAUGUAUGGUAUAGUCGAAGAACAAAGUAAUGGGGUACAAGAGAGGCUUAUAUAUAACUUUUCACACUAGUUUGAUUGUAAUGUAAACUCUUUCUGGUUUUAUGUUUGAGAUACGAGAUUGUGUGAAUCAGUGUUCUUGUUCUUACACAAGCCAUAAACCAUUUCUUGACAGUAAUUCUUUCUGUAAUCAUGUUGAAACAUAAAUGGCACCAACUUUUUUCAAACAAAUUUGAAAAAAAUGUUAACACAAACCAUAUGUAAAUAUACCAUAUGAGUCUUUGCACAGUAUUUUCAUGUUGGUGUGGUGUCAUCAUACAGUUAAAAAAGAAAAAAGUAAAGAUAAAAAAAAGCCUUUAUAAAAUGCUUUACAUUUGUUUGUCACAUUAACAGUUUGCACUUAUUUAAAAGGAAUAAGUUUUUUGUGUUUUUGGUGAUGGAGCAAUUUUGAUGCUCAG